GCCCCGGACCAGUGAGCGGCGGCGGCGGCGCGCCGGCUGCAUCGGAAAGCGCAGCUGCUCAGCUCUAGUCCACGCCCCCUUCCCGCUCCGGUGACAGCCCCUGCGGAAAGUCGCGUUUGUGAUUUCUGGAGAACGCUGAGCGGGACGACGGCGGUCCAGCCGGGUCUUCCGGGCCAGGUGACGAAGAAACGGUUUCUUGGGGAGCCAUCCCCCCUACCUUCCAGGCAGCCCGCAGCCCCGGGGCCUGAAGAUGCUGAGAUCUACGUGGAAUUUUCUGAAACGUCACAAAAAGAAAUGCAUCUUCCUGGGGACGGUCCUCGGAGGAAUAUAUAUCCUGGGGAAAUAUGGACAGAAGAAAAUCAGAGAAAUACAAGAAAGGGAGGCUGCAGAAUACAUUGCCCAAGCACGACGACAGUAUCAUUUUGAAAGUAACCAGAGGACUUGCAAUAUGACAGUGCUGUCCAUGCUUCCAACACUGAGAGAGGCCUUAAUGCAGCAACUCAAUUCUGAGAGCCUUACAGUUCUGCUAAAAAACAGGCCUUCAAACAAGCUAGAAAUAUGGGAGGAUCUGAAGAUAAUAAGUUUCACAAGAAGUAUCGUAGCUGUAUACAGUACUUGCAUGCUGGUUGUUCUUUUGCGAGUUCAGUUAAACAUAAUCGGUGGAUAUAUUUACCUGGAUAAUGCAGCAGUUGGCAAAAAUGGCACCACAGUUCUUGCUCCCCCAGAUGUCCAACAGCAGUAUUUGUCAAGUAUCCAACACCUCCUUGGAGAUGGCCUGACAGAAUUGAUCACUGUCAUUAAACAAUCUGUGCAGAAGAUUUUAGGAAGUGUUUCUCUUAAACAUUCUUUGUCUCUUUUGGACUUGGAGCAAAAACUAAAAGAAAUCAGAGAUCUCGUUGAGCAGCAUAAGUCUUCUUCUUGGAUUAAUAAAGAUGGAUCCAGAUCUUUAUUGUGCCAUUAUAUGAUGCCAGAUGAAGAAACUCCAUUAGCAGUUCAGGCCUGUGGGCUUUCUCCUAGAGAUGUUACCACUAUUAAACUACUCAAUGAAACUAGAGACAUGUUGGAAAGUCCAGAUUUUAGUACGGUUUUGAAUAUCUGUUUGAACCGAGGAUUUAGCAGGCUGCUAGACAAUAUGGCUGAGUUCUUCCGACCUACUGAGCAGGACCUCCAACAUGGUAACUCCAGGAAUAGUCUUUCCAGUGUCAGCCUGCCUUUAGCUAAGAUAAUUCCAAUAAUAAAUGGACAGAUCCAUUCAGUUUGCAGUGAAACACCUAGUCAUUUUGUUCAGCGGUAUUAACCCAGGAUUUCAUCCAAGAAAUUUUGAGACUGAACAGGUGUGACAUCAUAAGGCUAGAAAGCUGAUCAGCUGAAAAUGAUCACCUGGGAUCAUCUGCACAUGUAGAGUUGUGGUAAUUGAAGAGGUGACAAGGUAAAAAACGUGUAUUUAAAGCUAAUUAGGGAUUUCGCUUGUGGCUUGCCAGGUUAAGGAGCCAGUGUUGUCACUGCAGCAGCUCGGGUCACUGCAGUGGCGCGGGUUUGGUCCCUGGUCUGGGAAUUUCCACAUGCUGCCAGUGCAGCCAAAAAAAAAAAAAAAAAAAAAAAAACUAAUCGGCCUUAUUACACAUUUGUCUUCUAACAAUGCAGUAGGUGCCCUUUUAUCUGGGACCCUUAGUUGUUUGGUUUAAUCUAAAAAUGUAUUUAAAGCAGGGUAUCAUUAAAAAAAUAAUAACACAUGUAUUCUUAGAUAUUUUAAC